AUGGCCUACAAUCGACCUUACAACCCUGAUGCUCUGCCCAGGUUCGCCGAGCCGGACGCUAAGCCCGGUCCGGCCUCCCCGCCAGCCUCCUCCUCCUCCAACCCGCACUCGCGAUACGAGUCCAAGCCACCGCCGCCUCAGAACUCUCGGCUGCCACCGUCCCCCGUCCCGGACAACGCCCCGGGCUCGGAUGCGACGCUGCUGCCGCUCUUCAGAGCCGUGGACAAGGACGGCGGUGGCCAGCUGUCGGAGCGGGAGCUCUCGGCCGCCCUCGUCAACGGCGACUGGACCGCCUUUGAUAUCCAGACGGUCCGCAUGAUGAUCCGCAUGUUCGACUCGGACCGCAACGGCACCAUCAACUUUGACGAGUUCUGCGGCCUGUGGUCCUUUCUCGCCUCGUGGCGCACCCUCUUUGACCGCUUCGACGUCGACCGCUCCGGCAACAUCUCCCUCGCCGAGUUCUCAAACGCCCUCAUCGCCUUCCGCUACCGCCUCAGCCCCCAGUUUGUCGAGCUGCUCUUCCGCACCUACGACAAGCGCAACGAGGGCGUCAUGAGCUUCGAUCUCUUUGUCCAGAGCUGCAUCUCGCUCAAGCGCAUGACGGAUGUUUUUAAGAAGUACGACGACGACCGCGACGGUUACAUUACCCUGAGUUUCGAAGACUUUCUGAGCGAGAUUUUGAAGCAGCUCAAGUAG